CUGUUUAUCACGAGUGAGGACUGUGGAAUAAGUGAAAAGAAGUCCUGCGACACGCCUGAUCGACUGUCUUCGUCUCGUGUUAGGUAAAAUAGCAUCAUGGGAUCCAGUGAGAGUAAGAUGGUGACUGCCCCAAUAAAACCAGAACCAGAAAUCAAAAACUGCCGGGUCACUGAUCUGAUAGAUCCACGCUCUCCUUCAACAGCGGUUGAUCGUACGCCCAUUCAGGUCGACGGGCUUGUUCCCAAAACCAAGUGUCCGCUGGCCUUCACUGAUCCACGUUCACCUACUGUUGGCGUUAGCCGCACCCCUGCCAGAGAAGUCAUGAGAGCAACAGUUGGGUCCUUUGCCCGCCGCCUCGGCAUGCUUCUGCUCAACGAGACUGAAGGAAAAGUCCCUGAAGCUCCUCAGAAAUGCUUCAGGGAUGCUGUGGAGGAGAGUGAAGAACUGGCUUCCACCAAGCCUCUUCUGGCUCCGCAGCCCUCCCUGGACACCCCUGUGCAGCCCCCUAUCAAAAAUGUGGGUGACUCGCACCCCUUUGUGCAUUGUGAGAAACUCCAGUUUGAGGUGGAAUUAGAAACUGAGACGGACAUUAGCCUGGAGGAGGCUGAAGAAGCAAGAGAGUCUCCUCUUCACAAGAGACUGAGCAUGAGCCUGAUAACCUGCCAUGAGGGGGCGACCUCAUCCCAGAUCUUAGCUGAGGUGCACCGUGACAGCAUUUCAUCCCCAGCGCCUAGUGCAGAAGUGGAGCCACUCGGAGAUGGUGUGGAUCAUUCGCAUGCCCUUCCUUCUGUCACUAUUGAACCAGGGACCCCCGUUGAGCCUUCCCUCCCCACUGAUUCCGAUGGUUCCCCAGCUCAGGUGUCCCCUGCACAGUCAGAGAAAGCAGAGCCAUCUUCUGAAGAAACCAAAGAGCCUCUUGAAGGAUCUUCUUUGCCUUCUGCACCAGAGCCACCGACUGUCCCCAGCCCAGAGCAGCCACAGCUCAGCACCGGCAUCCGCUGCCCCACCUUUGACCCAAAGAGCCCCAGUCAGGUGGUGUUCAAGCCGCAGUGGUUGGGAAAAGGUUUUGGUGCCACUGGGCUGAGAGCUAGAGGAGUGCAGGGUGGAAAGGGAGGCUCCUCUCCUCUUGCUGUCCGCAUGGCCGUGAAGAAAGUAACCAACGAGAACAAGCGACGGUCUGGAAAACUAAACCAGAAAGGUACUGAAGGUCGCUCCCCACUGCAGAUCCUUAAGGGGACCAACUCACCCCGGGGCCAACGUCCUCAGACGAAGCUGACGGUGUCCACCCCAGAUAAGCAGAGACUCGGACAGAUUGACCGCAGAGUGCUGGCAGUGUCUCUGGAUAAGGAGAACCGAUGAUUCACUGCAACGUGUACAGAAUCCUAGCGCUUUUAUCUCUCUUAAAACAAGCUUUUACGUGUACAGCCUUCUUAAAUAGAUUUUUGUUCGGUGUAUAUUCCUUUUUUUACUGCAGUUUUCUAUCCUGUUUUGUCUUCUUGUAAAUAUAAAUAAAAUGAUUUGCAUUCA